GGAAGAGCUGAAAAUCACUGCAACACACACAGCCCUGCCGAGGCUCGCCGUUUCCACUGAGACACACACACCCUUCAGGAUUUCACACAUCAUCAGUCUUCUGAGUUUAACUGCACUUUAAACAGAGGGACACUCGACACCGCAGGAACAGGACAGCGCAGCACAGGCAUCUUUUAUCUUUAUCCCAACUCUGCCUCUCUUUCCUUUUUUCUUGCCCUCUUUCCCCUCUUCCUGCCUGCUUUUCCCGCUAGACCUUGCUUUUCCCUACCCUCUCUCUUUCUUUCCUCUUCUCCUGAUUUCUGGAUCGUGGUUGUGGCCCGAGGAGAGCCUGUUUUCCAACUGCUUUUCCAGCACAGCAAGCAGAAAUCAGUCUCAGAGAGAGGAUCGUGACUCAAUGAGGGAGCCAGAGAGGGAGGAGCAGCCCGACACCAGCAUGCCUCCCAAAUUUAAAAGGCACUUGAAUGACGACGAGGUCACCGGCUCUGUACGCAGUGAAAGGAGGAACCUGCUGGAGGAAGACUCUGAUGAAGAAGAAGACUUUUUCUUAAGAGGACCAACUGGACCCAGAUUUGGCCCCCAGAAUGACAAAAUUAGACAGGUGCAGUCUCAGGUUGACGAGGUUAUUGAUGUGAUGCAGGAAAACAUCUCAAAGGUCAUUGAGCGUGGAGAGCGUCUGGAUGACCUGCAGGACAAGUCUGAGAGCCUAUCGGACAAUGCAUCUGCAUUCAGCAGUCGAGCCAAGCAGCUGCACAGGAGGAUGUGGUGGAGAGACAUGAAGAUGAAGAUGAUUGUGGCAUUGGUGGUUGUCAUACUGCUGCUCAUUAUAAUCAUCCCAAUAAUACUGAAGUAUCGCUAGUUUCUAGCGGGGAGGUUGGAGGCUUGAUCUGCUCUUCCUCCCUCCUCCUCCCCUUGUCAUGCCUCCACACCAGAAGAGGGCACUGCAGGCCCAGUGUAUCAACCCGCUACAGCUUCAGGGGGACCAUCGUCACACAGGGCAAUCAAGAGUGUGUGUGUGUGUUUGUUUGUUUGUUUGUUUGUGCGUACGUCAUGUGCAGACAUCCUGGAAUAUGACAACAUAUCAAGCUGUCAAGGUGAUGAACGAACAUAUCAUUUGGCAACGAGGCCAUUGCCAGAGUCGUUUUUUUUUUUUUUUUCUCCUAGCGUCCACAUACACAGCUGAACUGGUUUGUAACUUGCCUAAAAACUUUACCCAGUCUUCAUUUUAUACGCAUUACUACAAAGAUUACCCGUUUUUAGGUUAAGAUAGGUCAGAUUUGUACUUUAUAAUAAAGUUUCAUUUCUUUUGGCUAAUUAGAGGCUUAAACCAUUCUGCUUAUACUAACCAGAAGUAUUAGAGCGCGCACACACACACACACACACACACACACACACACACACACACACACACAUACACACACACAAACACAUUACAAAAAUAUUUAUAUUACUCUUUCGUCAGUGGUACAGCCCAUUGGAAUCCUCUAGGUUAGGAACCACCAUACAGGAACUGAAGAUUUUACUCUGUACUGUUGCUGUGAUCUCAUUCAGAAUAAUCUCAUUGGAUUUUAAAACAUGAAAUUAGACUUAAUCCAGGUUUCUUUAAAGAAGAGAGACAUGAUGCUUUUAAAUGUUUGCUGCUAUUACCAUUUUCUCUAAAAGGAAACUAUUUAGGUUACUUGGCAAGUGUACAUACUGUUAAAUGAUCACGGUCAAUUGUGGUAAGUUGUAUUGUUUUGCUUUCAAGGGAUUGGUACAGCCCUUCUUAUAGAGGUUUAUGUGAAAUGAUUGACUAGCUUUGUUCUUAUGAAGUGCUGUAAUUUUGCAAGCUCGUUUUGUGGGGCUCACUGGUUUUAUGAGCUCAGUUUAGGUGUGAGGCCUUUCAAAGUUGAGUACUCGUCUAAUGCUUUUUAUCGUUACAACACUUGGGUGACAAAAUGAGCAGGAAAGUGGGAGCGGUAGCCUAUAAAAAUAUUUCAGCUGGGUUAUUGUUAUUCAGGCCUUUUAUUAGGCUUUCCACAGAAAGGUGAAACUGGUAGAAAACAGACCGAACUGGCUUGCUUUGAGUAUUUCCAGUAAAGUCGGUUGAAGUAUUUCUUGGACAUACUGACCGCUUGUUACUCACACAUGUGAGUGAUCUCGAUCGCUGCUGUCGGAAGAAAACCUUGUAUCUCCAUUUCUGUCAUUUUUCAGUUUUUGGUAUAAUCUGAAAAUGCCUGUUGGCCUUUACAUCAUGUGUAAAUUUCAUGAUGAAAGGACCAAAAGAAACGGCCCAAAAUUACUUGGAAGACAUUCUGAUUCCAUUGACUUACAUUGAAACUAAAGUAGGUUUUAUCCUUCUCCUGUAAAGUUACCAUUUUGGUUGUCUUUCGAAAACAACGAUGUACAUAUGUAGUAUAAAAUGGUUAAUGUAAUUACCUUUUCUUUGUUUUUAAGAUAACUGUAUUAAACAGGUAAUCAACUUUGUACGGCCAAGGUGAGGGAUGUUCUUGAUGGUAUGAUUGAGGUAAUUAAGACGUUGGCGGGCAACGGGGACACAUUCUGUAAAUUUGUAUUAAGAUGUACUGCUUUACUGACUAUUAUUAUUUUGUAUUUAAUUUAUAUGUAAAUAACCAUUCCUUCAAGAGGUGAAAAGUGACAUUGGCAGACUGUGAACUACUUUUUUGUUUUGAAAUAAAGUGAUUUUAAAGUGA